AUGAAGCCACUUCGGUCUCUGUGUGUUUUACUGCAGCUGAACAUUCUUUGUUUCGGACUCAUUGGCGCCUCAAACAAUAGAUGGAAAGAGAUUCUAGAUAACAUUGCGCACGCCAUCAGAGCAUACAUACCAUGCAACUCAGAUAAAUGUGGUUGUCAUGUAAGUGUUCUCCAGGAUGACUUGCGACCAUUUAGAGGUGGAAUUUCUGAAGAUUUCAUGGCGUCUACUGUCAAAAGAGGAGUGGGCACACAUUACCAGAUAAUUGACCACACAUUGUACAGAGAACACAACUGUAUGUUUCCUGCCCGAUGUAGUGGAGUGGAGCAUUUUAUUCUGGAGGUGAUUGACACACUGCCGGAUUUAGAGAUGGUUGUUAAUGUCCGAGAUUAUCCCCAAGUGCCUAACUGGGUACAACCGACCCUCCCAGUCUUCUCUUUCAGUAAGACCUCUGACUACCAAGACAUUAUGUAUCCGGCAUGGACGUUUUGGGAAGGUGGACCAGCUGUUUGGCCCAUAUACCCCACUGGUUUGGGCCGGUGGGAUUUAAUGAUAGAUGAACUCAAAAAAUCUGCCUCACAAUGGCCAUGGGAGAAGAAAGAGUCGAGAGGUUUCUUCAGAGGCUCUAGAACUAGCCCAGAGCGUGACCCUCUCAUCUUGUUAUCGCGAGAAUCCCCGGAGCUAGUGGAUGCGGAGUACACUAAAAAUCAGGCCUGGAAGUCAGAAAAGGACACAUUGGGUAAACCUCCUGCUAAGGAAAUUCCACUUGUUGAUCAUUGCAAAUACAAGUAUUUGUUCAACUUCAGGGGCGUAGCAGCCAGUUUUCGGUUCAAACACCUCUUUCUCUGUGGCUCCCUGGUGUUCCAUGUUGGGGAUGAAUGGCAGGAGUUUUUCUACCCACAACUAAAACCAUGGGUGCACUAUAUACCAGUCAAACAAGACUUAUCGGAUGUCAAGGUUCUUCUUCACUUCGCUAAAGAGAAUGACGCAAUUGUACAAGAUAUUGCUUUGCGAGGGAGGCAGUUCAUCCUUGACCACCUCAAAAUGGAAGACGUCUCGUGCUACUGGAAAGAGCUUCUCACAGAGUACAGCAAGCUCCUCACAUACAAGCCAAAACGGAGAAAUGGCUACAGUCAGGUCCUCCGGCCGCACGGGGCGCAGUUGAGCUUAGCGCGUCCCGUGGAGGUCGCCGGUGACAGAAGAGACACAGUCCGUGAAGAGGACGUCUGUCUAUGCUGCGUCUGA